GUCAGGCUAGAAAUCAGCCUAUUUAACAAGGUGACCUUGGGUCGAUACAAUUCGGGUAGAUAAACUGUUCAGGCAAGACAUCAGGUGGUGCUCCUUCUCGGUACACAAAUAAAAGCUGAAUAUCCAAGUCUUUGAAGAUGCUGCUUAUAUUGGCUAUACUGUGAGAUGAGAGGGUGAUCUGUCCAGUAAUUUAAAAUAAAGCAGGAAAUUAAGGUUGUCAUGGGUUUAUCUGCAUCCUCUCCGUUAGCUACACUUCAGACUACUGUAUCAGAACAGUCUCAAACUGAAACCUCACAGUGUCCCAUGCAUCAGAAGAACAUAGAAGCCUGUCCAAUGAAAUCAGGUGACAGUUCUAGUGAGAAGCAGAACGCGCCUGUUCCUGCACAUCAAGAAAGAGCAUAUGAAUAUGUACAAUGCCCCGUUACAUCGCAGACACAAGAAGAGAUUGAUCCUAGAAAUAUGAUGCCACCACCUAAUCAACUACCAUCCCCUGGGCAACCUUUUCCAUUAUCUACAGUAAGAGAAGAGUCUACUAUUCCUAGAACUUAUUCAGAACAAAAUUGGGUUUAUCCCUCAGAACAGAUGUUUUGGAAUGCAAUGCUUAGAAAAGGAUGGAGGUGGAAAGAUGAUGACAUGACCCCAGAAGAUAUGACGAAUAUUAUCAAGAUUCAUAAUCAGAACAAUGAACAGGCUUGGAAGGAAAUUUUAAAAUGGGAAUUACUUCAUGUUAGGGAGUGUCCAUGUGGACCAACACUUAUUCGAUUUGGAGGUAAAGCUAAGGAAUAUUCUCCAAGAGCUAGAAUACGAUCCUGGAUGGGGUAUGAACUGCCUUUUGAUAGACACGAUUGGAUUGUUGACCGCUGUGGAACACAAGUCCGAUAUGUUAUUGAUUAUUACGAUGGAGGAAAAGUAGAUAAGAACUAUCAGUUUACCAUUUUGGAUGUUCGUCCUGCUUUCGAUUCCUUGUCUGCUGUGUGGGACAGGAUGAAAGUGGCUUGGUGGCGUUGGACUUCAUAAUUAAUUUUAUGUGCUGUGAACAGGACUAUAUUUGCAUCUGGUGUUAUUCUGACAGUAAACUUUAAUAAAGUUUAUAUUACCGAUGUUUCUAUUUGAUAGCGUAUAUUUACGCUUGAGGUGUGUGUGUGUGGAAAAAUGAAUUAUUUUAAACACACCUUUAUUUAAAAAUUACAGUGUCAGAGUUCUCUUUGUAUUGACCUUUUGGUCAUAUUUUACCAGAAUGGGAAAACUUAUACUCAGAAGUUCCUCAUGUAUCAAGAUCAUUUUAUUGGAACAGUUGUUAACAGUAUUGCUGAGAUAUUAGUGCGCUAAAUCUAGAGUCAAAUGAAAUUUUGAUUUUGCUUUGAAAUGAUACUAUCUGCUGUUGAAAAAGGGAAAUAAAAAUGACAUUUAAAAUGUU